AUGACCGCUCGUAACCAGCUCAAAAUAAACCCGGUCGUUCACAAACCGCCCCUCGGUGUUACGCUGCUCCAGAUGUGGACGUGACGCGAGUCAUUACAUGAGCUAAGGCUGCACUACAGUACCGACCGCACAGCUGCACAAGAUGUCUGCUGAGCUGUACACUGCGAGUGGGUCAGGUGGGAAUGAUGCAAGUCCUCAAAGCACCACAGUGGGCGGCAGCAAACCUUUGCACCGCUUCAUGAAAGGGCAGCCCAAGAUUAUUGGCGUCAUUACUCUGGUCUUGGGUAUGUCCUUCUUUAUCAUGUCCAUCGCAGUCUCAGGAGAAACCCCUGGUCAUCAAUUAUGGACAGCCAUCCCACCUGGCUUCCUGCUGGGAACACUGUUCAUCAUAUGUGGGAUUCUGUAUAUUCUGACAGAGCACAACCCGACCAAGAAAACAGUCACCUUAUCGCUGGCUCUCACUAUCGUGGCGAUACUGGGGGCGUUCUGGACUAUCUUGCACAUCCUGCCCGAUAUAAUACAUGCCCACAACUACAGGAACUAUGAUUAUUUUGAAGACCAUAAUACAGAAACUGAGGAAGCAAAAUGGUCAUCAAUCUUUGAGGCCAUGGGAGUGGCUAUAGAAGGGAUCUUUCUAUUCUACAGUUUUGCUGGUGCAAUUAUUUUCAUUGUAAUGUCAGCACUUGCUGGGGCUGCCCUGCGUUCCACAAAGAGCCAGGCCAUUGUAGUGAUGACUACUGCGCCAACUGAAACUCCAGUUGAAUGACGAGCACAAGACAAAGGUCUGAAGUGUGGACAAACUGAGCAGAGAGAAGAAAUAUGAAGCAUACUGAAAAGUAUUUCUCAUGUUACCUGACUCCUAAUUAUUAACCAGUUCUCAUUAGCAUGUUGUGAUCAUUGUAUAAAAUACAAUACAGAUUAUAUAUGUGUAUGA